GAGGUUUGACAAAUGAAGAAGUUAUCGAAACACGUUUUCCAAUUUAUGGAUUGAAUGAAUUAUCAGGCCAGGGGAAUGUCAACGCAUUCAUGGUUUUGGCAAAACAAUUUUUAAAUGCUUUAACGUUGAUAUUGAUGAUUGCCAUGAUUGUCUCUUUUGUCACGAAAGAUUAUAUUGAAGCAGGCGUGAUUGGAUUUGUUGCAAUAACAAAUGCAUUAAUCGGAUUUUUUCAAGAGUAUCGGGCCGAGAAAACUAUGGAAUCAUUAAGAAAAAUGACUUCGCCAACUGCAAGAGUUAUUAGAGAAGAAGCUUCAACGUUUGUUCCUACGAAUACUCUAGUACCUGGAGAUAUAUUAGUAAUUGAAGAAGGAGAUGUAGUUGGUGCAGACGCCCGAUUAUUUGAAUGUCAAAAUUUGGAGAUUGAUGAAGCCUUAUUAACUGGUGAAUCUGUACCUGUUGCCAAAUUUGCUGAUGUGAUCGAAGAACAUGAUAAACCAAUAGGUGAUCGAUUAAAUUUAAUAUAUUCUAGUACAACAGUAACAAAAGGAAGAGGAAAAGGCAUUGUUAUAAGUACAGGAAUGGAAACAGAAAUUGGGAAAAUUGCAAAAAGUUUAUCGUCAUCAUCUAUUAUACAAAGGAGUCCUUUACAAAAGACAAUGGAUAUGAUGGCAUAUAUAUUAUUUGGAAUAGCUGUUGUGCUAUCCGUAAUAGUAUUUGGUGUAAAUAAAUGGCAAUUUACUAGAGAGGUUUUUAUUUAUGCAGUAUCUGUUAGUAUUGCCAUAUUACCUGAAGGUCUUGUUGCUGUGAUUACAUUAACUAUGGCUUUGGGUGUACGGAAAAUGGCCAAAAAUAAAGCAAUUGUUCGUAAACUGAGCGCAUUGGAAGCAUUGGGAUCUGUAACAAACAUUUGUUCUGACAAAACUGGUACACUUACACAAAGCAAAAUGAUUGCAACCAAUGCUUGGUUAUUACACGAAGGUUUUUACAAAAUAACUGGUCGUAAAGGUUACUCUCCAAAUGGUAAAAUAUAUAACAUUGGCCAUAGUCUUUCUAAUAAUUAUAAUAAUGAUUGUGAAGUGACAUUUAAAAAUAUGAGUUAUGCAUUUAGACAACUAGUUCAAACUUCCGCUCUUUGUAAUAUGGCCGUGAUUAGAAAAGGUGUUAUUCGUGGUGAAUGGAAUGUUAUAGGUGAUCCAACUGAGGGAGCACUUCAAGUAUUUUCACAUAAAGCUGGAUUACCAAAACCGGUACUUGAAAGCGACGAAUUUAAAUUCAAAUUAAUAAUGGAAUAUAACUUUGACACAAUUUUAAAAAGAAUGUCGGUCCUUUACAAAAAUGAAAUCACCAAUGAAUAUUAUGUAUUCAUGAAAGGUGCAACUGAAUCUAUUCUAAAACAAUGCACAAAAUUCCAAGUUGGUGAUGAUGUUGUCGAGAGAGAAUUUAAUGAUGAUGGUAGUGACGAAAAAUUUAAAUUGGAAAUUAAUAAUAGUCUUGAGAGUUUGGCUAGUAAAGGAUUGCGUGUAUUAUCAUUGGCAUAUCGAAAAAUAAAUAAUUCUAGUAAAACAGAUAAAGAAUUUUCAAUGAUGACACGCGAGGAAGUGGACAACGAUAUGAUAUUUUUAGGAUUUGUUGGUAUUUACGAUCCACCAAGACCUGAAUCAAAGGAUGCCGUAAUGAAGUGUUUUGGUGCUGGAAUUGAAGUUCACAUGUUAACAGGCGACCAUCCUUUGACCGCAGCAGCAAUUGCUAAAGAGAUAGGAAUAAUUCCCUCAAAUUAUUUAGUCAGUAGUAAUAAUAUUAAUAAAAUCGCUAAUGACGAUAAUGGAUCACAAUCGCAACUUGUAAUGGCAGCAACACAAUUUGACGCAUUUACUGAUAAAGAAAUUGAUGAACUUAAAGAACUGCCAAAAGUUAUUGCUCGUUGCAGUCCUGAAACUAAAGUGAAAAUGAUUGAGGCUUUACAUAGAAGAAAAAAAUUUGUGGCAAUGACUGGUGACGGUGUCAAUGACUCGCCAAGUCUUAAAAAAGCAGAUAUUGGUAUUGCAAUGGGAAUGGGCGGUAGUGACGUGGCAAAACAAGCAAGUGAUAUAGUGUUGACUGAUGAUAAUUUUGCAACUAUAGUUAUCGCAAUCUCUGAAGGUCGUAGAAUCUUUGUAAAUAUACAGAAAUUCAUUUCACAUUUACUCAGUGGAAAUGUAUCAGAGAUUGUUGCAUUGGUGAUCGGGUUGUCAUUUAUUGAUGCUGAUGGUUUAUCGUUAAAUCCAAUGUCACCAUUACAAAUACUUUUCUUGAACAUGGUUACUAGUUCACCGCCUGCAAUGGGUUUGGGGAUUGAACGAGCAUCAAAAGAUAUAAUGAGAUAUCCACCCCAAAGUCGUCGUGGAUUAUUUUCAUGGGAAGUCAUUGGUGAUACGUUAUUUUAUGGAUGUAUUAUGGGUGGAUUGACGUUAGCAAAUUUUUCUAUAGUGAUUUAUGCAGCUGGUGAUGGAAACUUAGGUAGCGGAUGCAAUUAUAGUUUGAAUCCGGAGAUAGAAGACGCAUGUGAACAAGUUUUCCGAGCAAGAGGUGUAUCCUUUGCGACUUUAACUUAUCUACUAUUUAUACAUGCCUAUAAUUGUCGAUCGUUAAGAAAUCCGAUUUGGUCGAUGCAUUUCUGUGAUAAUAAAUUUUUAUUUUGGGCAGUAGUUGGCGGUGCACUUAUUGCAAUUCCUACUUUUUAUAUACCUGGGUUGAAUACAAAAGUAUUUCAUCAAUUAGGGUUUAGUUGGGAAUGGGGAUUAAUACUGGGAUCAAUAAUAAUAUUUGAAAUAGUUGUUGAAAUAUAUAAAUUUUCCAAAAGGCGUUAUUGUGCACCUUUAAUGUUUGCUAGUUUAGUACCAGGAGGAGGAGAAGAAGAGGAUGAUAAUGGUGGAACAAAUAUCACAAUAGUAUGA